CACAAAUACCAGGUCGUCGCCGUCAAUAUGGCGGUCCAGUCCCUCCCUCUGACCGUCUCCACCCGCGGCCUGAAACAGAUCCUCAGUGACCUCACGUCGCUCUACGUCGCGCACCGAACCAAAAUCUCUCGGUCGAUCUAUGCUGCUCUUCUGCUCGCUGUGAUACAACGUAUUCGUGGAGCGAUCAAAGAGCAGAAGGCGGCUGCAGCAAGAGCAGCUGACCAUCGUCGCAAAGGCCUUGGGGGCGACGACUCGGGCAAGAAGAAGAAGAAAGUCGAGCUGGACAGAGAGUUCUUUCGCAGUCUCGGAAGACUCCUACGCAUAUGCAUACCAUCAUGGCGCAGUAAAGAAGCACGAUUACUUGCGAGUCACUCGAUUUUCUUGGUUCUGCGGACCUUGAUCUCGCUAUAUGUCUCCUACCUCGAUGGACGCCUCGUUAGCGAUCUGGUCCGAGGCCGCGGAAAGGCCUUUCUCAAGGGCCUGGUAUGGUGGAUGCUGGUUGCAGUCCCAGCGACAUUCACGAAUAGCAUGCUGGCCUACCACCAAACCACUCUAUCUCUAUCCUAUCGCGCGCGCCUGACGAACUACAUCCAUAAUCUCUACCUGGGGAACAUGACCUUCUAUACCCUGUCUGCUCUUGACGACCGGAUCAAGAACGCAGAUCAACUCAUCACUGUGGAUGUCACCAAGUUCUCCAAUAGUCUGGCAGAGCUAUACUCGAGCCUCUCUAAACCCACCCUUGAUCUUGUCAUCUACAAUUGGUCACUGUCUCGGAGUGUGGGCGGCGAGGGACUCUUUGCCAUGUCACUGAUGGUGCAGCUGAGCGCGAGUCUGAUGAGGGCGCUGACGCCGCCAUUUGGACGAUACGUUGCGGAAGAGGCAAAACUGGAGGGAGAGUUUAGAGCACAGCACUCUCGUCUCAUCGAUUACAGCGAAGAAAUUGCCCUCUACGACGGACACGACGCCGAGAAGGAUACUGUAGACAAAGGAUACUUCACGCUUAUUAGGCACGUGAACAGGAUCCUCCGACGGAGACUGUACCAUGGCAUCAUGGAAGAGUUCGUCGUCAAGUACUUUUGGGGAGCUCUGGGCCUUCUAUUGUGCAGUGUGCCAGUCUUUUUCAAGCUACCAGGAGCAUUACCAGGAAGUCACGGUACAGGCGACAAAACAGAAGCCUUCAUCACCAAUCGACGUCUGCUUCUGCAAUCGAGCGAUGCCUUUGGGAGACUGAUGUUCUCGUACAAAGAGAUUAGCGAGCUUGCAGGAUAUACAAGUCGAGUAAGCAUGCUUUUGGAUGUCAUUGCAGACAUUCAGCGAGGUCAUUUUGAGAAGGCUUUGGUCUCAUCAGCCUCGACGGAAGCAAAUGCUGCCAUCCUAGCUGGGAGAGGUGAACUCGAAGAGGGUGACGAUAUCAAAUUCCAGGAUGUCCCGAUCGUGUCGCCAAACGGCGAUAUCCUCGUUCGAGCCCUAUCAUUUCACAUUCAGCAAGGUGACCACAUGCUGAUCGUUGGUCCCAACGGAUGCGGCAAAUCAAGCUUGUUUCGCAUACUGGGAGGGCUGUGGCCUGUAUAUGGUGGCAGAGUCAGGAAACCAACAAAUGAAGACAUUUUUUACGUGCCGCAACGCCCAUACCUGAGCAAAGGUACUUUACGCCAGCAGAUCCUAUACCCCGACAACCUCCUCGACAUGCGCGCCAAAGGCGUCACUGACCAAGACUUAAUUCACAUUAUGAAGAAGCUUGGUCUGGAAUCCCUGCUGAGCAAUUCUGGUGCGCAGUACGCGGUCAAUGCAGGCGAAGGCAACAGCCCCAUUGAGACCAGAGGGCGACCACACGUGGACGCUGCCGGUCUGAACGUGGAGCAGGAAUGGCCAGAGGCACUGAGCACUGGCUUCCAACAGCGCAUUGCUGCCGCCCGACUAUUCUAUCACCGACCCAAGUACGCUAUCCUGGAUGAAUGUACAUCCUCGCUGACGCCGGAACUGGAGAAGAUCAUGUACGAUGAGGCAAAAGCGCUCGGGAUUACCUUGAUGACCGUGUCGCAUCGCAGGUCGCUGUGGCGGUACCACGGCUGGAUUCUACAGUUUGAUGGCCAGGGUGGACACGUCUUCACUCGGCUGGAUGCUGAGAAGAGACUCGAGCUGGAGGACGAGAAAGAGGAGCUCGACUUGCAGCUGCGGGCUGUACCAGAGUGGGAGAAGCGCAUUGCUGAACUGGAGGCUGGUGCAGUAUGAAAGUGUGGCCAUGAUCCAAGACAUGGAACCCCAAGUCUUCUCGUGGCUUGUUGAUGAUAGCCUCGCAAUUCGUUGGACACCCUCGUGGUUGUUAAUUGCCAACGAAGCACAUAGACCGUAGAGAGUGCGUAUAGACUACGCUCGGCAAAUGUCUACUACUCAAGGUGCGAGACCU